AUGCUUUUGCAUAAUGUUUUAGUCGUUGGAAAAGGAGGCAACUACGCCGUGCUUCGAGGAUCAAGUUUGAGGCUCAGCUGCCUCCCCAAAGAGACCGAACCACAAGAGCUGAGAGAAGCUGGCAACUCGUACAACUGGACAGACCAAGCAGGCAGGGAGUUGAUCGACGCUCGUUUCAUCAAGUUGGACAGUGGUGACCUGGAGAUCGUCAACGCGCAUGUAGGAGACAGCGGUAUCUACAAAUGCACUGUUCAGUCUUCAGCCAAAGCAGUGUCUCCACCACCGAAAAAAGUUUAUGAACACAAGCUAAUCGUAUACGAGCUGUCUGGGCACAAGUUUGUGACGACCGUCUUCAUCGAUAUGUCGAAGUACAGUAAGGAAGUGAUGCUGUCCAUGCUGAGGGACUUGCUUGCGAUUCGAGUGUGCGCACAAGACUUUUGCUCCCCAGGUCACAUCAGAGUGGUGAAAUGUGAAUUAUCAGAAACGAAGCAAGAAGUCUGCCAAUUCUCCAUCGCUUACGAAGCCAUAUCUCAGCUGGCGGAUGAGCGAUGUGAUGAAGAGUGUGUUCGAGCGAAAAUGUUCGAUGGACUCAAAAAAGCCGAAAAAAUACUGCAAACCGAGUUCAUGAAAAUGUAUGAAAACCCACUGGGACGAAUUAAAGCCGACAUGAAAACAUUCGACACUCACCACCUGAUAACAUGUCGAGGUGGCUUCCAUUUAGUAAAAUCACACUAUAAGCGAUGCUUUCCAUGUCUCCCCGGCUACUAUAGCGAACCCAACAGCAUCAAUUGCAGCCUAUGCAACAUUGGCUAUUAUCAAGAACACUACGGGAAGCACGAGUGCGAUAAAUGUGACGAAGACAAGACGACAGAAACCAUGGGAGCGAAAUCCAAAGACGAGUGCGUCAGUCAAGCAACAUUGAUCGCUUUCGAUAAAUCUAGUGAAAUUGAGAAAACGCCUUCACGCCUUGUUCUCCACUUAUCAAUUAUGGUGUAUCUGGCUAUGGGCCCAACAUGGCUGUCCCAAGACCCAAACUAA